CGAACGGGCCUGUUUUCAACCCACAUUAAGAGGGAGCCUGGAACUUGCAGUAGCCCGGUCGUUAUCAGCCCAUAUUCUGUAUAUGGUGGAGCAGAUCGAUUCAGUUCAUGAAACCAGAAGACUAUUGAUAAGAAUAUAAAGUCGCAGCUACUAGGUGUGGUUCAAGGAUACCCGAUAACCUUCAAGUUGCCUCGAACGAUAGACCUCGAGGUGUCUGAAACCCACUUUACCCUGCCAUGGCCGAGUCAAUUGAGUCUACCACUGAUGUGCUUAUCAUUGGAGCAGGCCCGUCAGGGCUGAUGGCAGCCUAUUGGAUGGCGCGCUAUGGCGUCAACGCUCGGGUCAUCGACAAACGGGGCACCAAGAUCUUCAGAGGCCAUGCAGAUGGACUCAGGAGCCGAACCUUGGAGCUGCUCGAUAGCAUGGGCGUGGCCCAGCGGGUCCUACAAGAAGGAUGUGAAAUGUUCAGCAUGACAAACUGGGCGCCUGAUGAGACCGGGGAAUUGAGACGCCAAGGAACCACAUACAUGGAACUACAUCCGCCGUACGCUAUAGUUGCGCUGAAUCAGGGUCGUAUCGAGCGAUUUCUCUUAGACGCCAUCAAGGAACAUUCCAGCCUCGAGGUGGAGAGGGGUGUUCUUGCCGAGUCGUUUGAAUACGACGAAGGUCUCGAGAACAAUCCACAAGCGUACCCGAUCACGCUCAAACUGAGGACACUUAGUGAGAAAGAAGCAUCCCCAGCACCGAGGCACGGGUUCUCGGACAAGUUCCUCCAUCAUCUCCUGAAAGCAGAUGAUCUGAAGGAUGCGGUCCAGCAUCGCAGGAAUAAGGUCGGGACUGUCGAGACGCUGAAAGCUAGAUAUGUGAUUGGCUGUGACGGAGCGCAUAGCUGGACAAGAAAACAAUUAAACAUUCCCUUCGAGGGCUCGACAACAGACCACAUAUGGGGAGUCAUUGACAUCGUCCCCAUCACUAAUUACCCGGACAUGCGCCGGGCUGGAACCGUGGCGAACACCUCAGGAACAAUACUUAUUAUUCCAAGAGAAGAAAACAUUGUACGGAUCUACGUCCCAUUGCAGGAAGAAUUCGAGGUUCUGCGGGAAUUCGAUCGGUCGGCGGUGACACUGGAAUCGAUUCGGCAAAGAGUGAAGAAGAUCUUGAGUCCUUUUCAUUUCGACUUUCGAAUUUGUUUUUGGUGGACUGUAUACCAGGUUGGUCGGAGAAUCGCACAGACGAACGCAAAGGGUCGUGUAUACUUGGCUGGAGAUGCCGUUCAUACGCACUCGCCUAAAAUAGGAAUGGGCAUGAAUAUGAGCAUGCAGGACGGGUUCAACAUCGGUUGGAAGGUCGCCCUUGUUGCAAAAGGACUUGCCCACCCUUCGAUCAUCGACACCUACAAGUCCGAGCGUUAUCCCUUGGCUGAAAUGCUCAUUGAUUUUGAUCGUCAAUGGUCUGCAUUCUUUCUGCAGCAAGAGCAGCAGAAUGAAGGCCCAGCGCAGGCGAAACUGGCAGCGAUGCGAGAUAUUCUGCGCAAAACCGAACAAUUCGCACAGGGACACACAUCGUACUAUUGCGCCAGUCCAUUGGUUUGCAAACAAUCGAAGACAGUAGCUCAGCAUCUCUCACCGGGCGAGAAACUUCUUCCCGUGAGACUUCGAAGUCAAGCCAACGGUGUGCCUUUAUGGACCACGAGGCUCCUAGAAAGUGAUGGCCGAUUUCGCAUCCUGCUUCUGACUGGAGACCUGCGAUCGAAGCAGCAAGCAGGUCGCGUAUGGGCUUGCGGCGAGAGGUUGGCGGGUCUUUGCAAACAAUUGAUUUCGGAAAAAGAGAAGCCCGAGUCAAUUGUCGAUAUCAAGGCUAUUCACAGCGCACCUUAUGAGGCUGUAGAGUUGAACAUGUUUCCCAGCAUCGUGCAUCAUUUCGACGAGGUUGAGGGCUGUGACCUUACCAAGGUAUGGUGCGAUGGUGCUUGUGACUGGGGUCAAGAGUCCGACGGAAAAGGGUAUGAGACUUGGGGUGUGAACCGACUGAGAGGGGCCUUGAUUGUCAUGCGACCUGAUCAAUAUAUCGGAUGGAUGGGUGAGCUGGAGGAUGUUGCUGAUUUGACUUGCUAUUUCCGGGGCAUCUUGGUGGAGAGUGAGACCCGAUCCUUGCUGUAGGCAAUUGGAUAGUACUUUGGGAUAAGCAAUUGAAUGGAAUAUCCUG